AUGCCUACCAUUUUAUACAACACCAAUUCCAGUUUAAUUACCAAGUACCGAAGGCCAAAUGCCUCAAAUCAAUAUAAAGGCUUUCUGUCAAAAAAAGGACAUACACGACUGAAUUCUAAAUCGAGUGGAGAUAUUUGGGAGAAAGAUUGUAGUCAUACGAAAAAUUCUGGUAAUGAUGUUUCGUUUGAGAGUGAAUUUGAAAAAGAUUCGGUUGAGUAUCUAAGGGAUUUAUGUUUCUCUAUAUACCCAAAUUCAUUACAUCAGAAAAUCAGAAGCAUAGAAGCUUUGCCAGACCUACAGGUAAAUACCUUUAUUGCCUUAAUUUUCCAAAAUUUCGUUAAGUCUUGGUAUGGUAUCAAAAUACCCACUGAUGAUUCCAAGUUUUUAACCGAACUAUAUAACUUAGUUCAAGAUUUAAUAACAUAUUUGAAGAGUUCCAAAAUCAAUUACCAUGCCCUUUUACUCGAUUAUAUUCCCUGCUUGCUUUCGUCUCACUUGAAAGCAUUAAAUGACUCAUCUCAAAAUAACGAUUUAGUUUAUGAACAGUACUGUAAGCUAACUUUGUAUGAUUCGAAACGAUAUCCAAUGCUAUUCACUGAAAUCAUACAAAGUAAAAUGAGCACCAAAUCUCUACUACAGAGAAGCUUUUUGGAUAGCUUUUUAAAUGAACUUGUGUUCGGGCAUAUUUUUAAUUCAAUAGCGGAACCAUAUUAUCUUCUGGAGGGCUUGAAUAAAAUUUGCAUAAGAAUAAAGCUAAAUUCUGCAGGAAAUACCAGAAACGAGGUGACUCAUGGAAAGCCUAAAUGCGAUCCCUGGUUGUUUGUUUCCAAUGUAAAGCACAAAAUAUUGCAAAUGACCAGGCUUUUAGCUUAUUCAACUUCAACAGAAGCAGCAAAUAUGAACACUGCCGAAAUUCAAGAAACAGCAUUUCUACAAAGAUAUAUUUUUACUUUUUUCACCGAUGAUUUUUUCAAAUUAUCUAUGAGGAAGCCAUUCCUAUUCUCAAUAUGCAGAACGCUUCAGCAUUGGAUCUCUAAAUUAAAUGCGUUAAACAGGGUCAUGUAUAGAACAUUUGACAAUAUUGUUCAAACUAAAAUUACCAGCCCUGUGACAAUUGGCAACUUAUUCUCAUUAUUACGACAUUCUUUGUUUCCUAAUGACAAUAUGAUGGGGCCACCAAGAGUAUUACCAGUGGGUGAUGCUUUUCUAGAGUUCAGAGAAGAGUGUAUUUCCAAUUUAUGGGAUGUUUGUAUGACUUAUAAACUUGAUCAUAUCCUCGCUAUCAAAAGGUCUGACAUAGCGGAUCUUAUUAUCUGCAUAUCGAAGAAUAGGGAUUGCAAUAAACUGCUAAUUUAUAGAAUUAUUGACUGUGUUAUUGCGCAGUUGCCGUAG